UUGACCAACACGGUAAACAUUGUAUUCAGCCAGACUCCAAUGUUUUAAUCAAUGCUGGAAUUUAGCAAUUACGGAAUUUAUUUUUAUGCGUUUAAUAUUUAAUAACGUUAUGUGAAUCUGCAUGUUCCACUUUUAAUACCCUAUUAAACGGGUGUUAAAUUACCGUAACUUGUUGCUCAUUCUUUCGUGACGAAUUACGAGUUAAAGAGAUAUAUAACUUUUUGUCUUUUAGCCUACAGGGGAUAAUACGGUGCCAAAACAGAGGUUUGCGGACUACGAUUUGGGGGACCAUCAUCCAACCAUCAGGAUGUCAUACGAAAAUACCGUAAAGCCUUGGUCCGGGAUGUAUAUGCAACAGUCGACAUACAAGCACGACUUUGUGCCUGCUAACGGGAUCUCACCGAGGAACAGACAGACAAACUACCCAUACGGAGCAGAUGCACCCAAAGCAGAUAUCGCUCCUCCCUACACCAACUUCCGGCCAAGAUUCAGCGACCCUCUUCCUCAGCAUAUUAGAGAUCUGGAUGGUCAGAGAUUUGAUGAUCAACCCCUGACAGACCGGCAAAGAGUCAAGAGAGGGGAGGAGUGGAUAGGCGGGAGACGAUAUGAUGAGCCCUUGACAGACAGAGGCCAAUAUUAUGAAAGAGACCGUGGAAGAGAUAUCUCACCAAAUAGGAGAGAUGACAGAAUGUAUAAUAUACGGGACGAUGGUCGAUACACAUCACUCGAUAGGCAAAAUCUGAGGUUGGGGCGACAUACUUCUCUAGAUAGGUAUGAUUUAAUGGAUAGGCGGAAAGAAAACCUUAAGCAAUACAUCUCAGAUAGGAGGAGGAAUAUACUUGAUGGAAGGUACCAAGACAGAGGAAUGAACGGAUCCCCAGAACGAUAUUAUGACAGAGGCCGUGACUUUGACAGGGGUCGAGGUUAUGACAGAGCCAGGGACGGGUCCCCCAGCAAGUAUAGGGAAUACGAUCAGGGUCGGAAUGCGUAUAAUGGUUAUAAUGAUCGGUAUUAUGAUCCAUCACGUGACAAAUUUAAAUAUCCAGACUGGUACGAGAAGCCGCUACAGCCCGGGAUUGACAGCUACGCGGACCAUAAGAAAAUGGCCGACAGAACAACGUACAAGGAUUACGGAGAGUUUCUACAAGAAAAAAUCAAAAUGGAAGAACUGCGAAAGCAACCUUUGGAGUAUCCUGCAGCUAACCUGAAGGGUCAGCUGAGCCACAGAGACACCUAUCGGGAGCAAAUGUACGGGCCGGACAACGAAAAUAGAUAUUACACCAGGGAUAACAGGCGGUUCUCAAACAUCGACAGGGAGAGGGAAUUGGAGGCUCAGAUUCGACGGGAGAUGGAAAAAAUUGAAAUGCAUGAUGGGAAUUUCAAACCUUGGGGAAGAUAUGCGUAUCAGAAUCCCUCCCAUCAUCCGGGACCUAACUAUGUAAAUGACCGGUACUUACGUCCCGAGGAGCGCCAGCCCAAGUCCACCAAUAGCGGCGUCUACCUCUUCGUCAGAACUAACAAACUCGCCAAGGCAGACGUUGUUAAAGCGCUGCAAGAGGGACGCUCUGUUCUAGCCAACUCGUAUGGACAACUCAAAGGUAUCGCCACUAGCAGAGAGAUUCAGUUGCUGGAGGGACACGAGGGUUGGGACAUCCAUGCUCACAUCACGCGCACUGGUGACUACUGGUUAGAGCAAUCCCAGGAUUCCGCGGAAAUCAAUGACAUCAUCAUAGUUAUCUGGUUCCCGACUUUUAACGAUGCGGAGAAAUGGGUGAUCAGCGAAAAGCACUUCAAAAUUUCAAACUACCCGGACCCGUACGGAAGUGAUGUUUUAAUCCUACCUUUAAAUGAUAGCCAGCCACAGGAAAGGAUAGCUUACACCUACCUAAUGACAGAAUAUCCACGGACAAUGGACUCUGAUUAUUUCCGUGACGUCUUUGCCCCUAGGAUCAGGGCUCUCCUUCAGCAGAAGUUCGGGAUUAACGAGUUCUUCAUCCAGUCUGUCGGUGCCAAGAUAAUCCGCGGUAGCUGGCUAAAAAAUAACAGUAUUGUCACCGGUAUCCAGUUCCGCAAUAGACGGGAGGCCCAGGAUUUCUUCUUUGAUCCUGAAUACAGGCAAAUCCGCCAGGACAUUUACAGACGGAUCGAAAACCUUCCAUUUUAUACGAACCGGUUCAGACCGGUAAGUUUCCUGUUUACCUUGGAUGCUUACGUGUAAAUUUCCGGAUAACCUAGGAUACUUUGUGUAAACCCCCUGUUUACCUUGGAUACUUAGUGUAAACUACCUGACAUGUACGUGUUACCUAGGAGAUUAAGAUUUCUUGACUGAAUUCUCGACAGCACGAUCGUAAAGUGGACUAUAUUAUAUAAAGAAUAAUUCUGCUUUUUAAUCUAUUCUGAGUCAUAAUAUAUUUCCUACACUGCAAUUCACCUCCCUGACUAGAGUAGAAUAGUGAUGCAAACACAACGUAGAAUUCAUCAGAAAUUUCAUCCGUCCAGUUUUACAACGUUGUAUUUGUUGUAUUCCGUAGUGUAGCUGUACACUCAUUGGUAUAGGGGCGUGUUGUUGGAUGGAGAAUGGGAACGUUUUUCUCCAGUUUGUCCUUAUAGUGCUCAUAUUAACAUAAGCCAUGUGGUAUCUAUACAUUUGUUAUCAAUAUUAUACAGAAAUCAAUACUUUGUAUUACGUUUUAUUAAAUAUGUUCUGAU